AAUCAAGUUUUACCUGUACUAACAGGCGUCCUUUGGGUAUGGUAUAAAAAGAGACCAUACUUUCGUUGUCGCCACUACCAUACUCGCACAUUAUAAAGUUGAAUUCGGUUUAAGAGAGGAAACAGGCAUUAUGUCCGCAUCAAGAAACCAGUUCGAUGACAUUGCCGAGAACAUGUUGAUCCAGCUUUUGGAGCUGGUUCGUGUGAGAAACAGUGGCCAUCUGCCAAACUUCACCAGCGCCGAGAAAAUUGCGCUCAGACUUAGCUGGAAUGCCUUUCUGGCAGGGGACGCUUCCAAAAGAGGAUUUGACAUGUUUACCAGAAUGUUCAAGCAACAUCCGGAAACACAGUCCAUUUUCAAAUUUGCUCAUGGUAGUUCAGCCGCUCAGAUGCAGAAUAGUUCCCGCCUUAUUUUCCACGUGACCAGGGUCGUCAAGUAUAUUGGCAAGGUCAUUGAAAACCUUGACCAGUUGGAGGAAGUUGUUCCUAUGUUGAAGCAGCUUGGUGGUCGCCAUGGAACCGGCGGAUACAACGUUCCGGCAAAAUUCUUCCCUUACCUUGGAGAAGCCAUGCGUUCUCUGAUGAAAGAAAAUGUUAGCAAUUACAGCGAGAAGACCAAUCGACUGUGGGUCAAGCUUUUCGAUGGAUUCUUAAUCGAGCAGAUCACGAUUGGACAGGCAGAGUACGGCAACCGCUCAUAGAUAAAAAUUUACGUCACAGAUAGGAACAUAUUCUCUGUGUAUAAAAAGCUACCAUUGUCGGUUUUUCUGUUCAGAAAUCCGAUAAUCUUGUAUUGUGAACAAAUUCUUUGCUAUAGUUCUUUAGUCGAACAUUGUGUUGAAACAGUCUUUAUUAUUUUUUCUUGUCCUUUUCACAUUUGCUUUUCUCUUUUAUUAUUUUCUUUCAGCAAUGGUAGCUAGAUUUAUACAUAUUAGAUACGGACCGACAAAUGGACACAUCCUUCUAAAAGGGACGAAAGGUGUUCACCUCGUCUCUAAAUCUGUAAAUUGAACAUUCAGUUAUUAUACAGUAUUGUUGCACCGGUUUGUAAAUAGUUGAAUUAUAUACGUGUAAUUUAACAAAAAUGUGUACAGCUGCAUAAUUUUGGUCACAUUGAGAUUUUUUAUGAUAUUUAGUUUUAUAAAUAAAU